AUGGCCUUCAAGAACUUCUCGUCCCUUGUCCUCCUGACUUUGGCAUCUCAAGCCGUCCGAGGCGCUGUCAUGAAGCGUGCUACUUGCGCUGACGGACGUACUACUGCGAACGCCGCCUGCUGCGUCCUAUUCCCCAUUCUGGAUGACAUCCAAGAGGCCCUCUUUGAUGGUGCCGAGUGUGGUGAAGAGGUUCACGAGUCCCUUCGACUCACUUUCCAUGACGCUAUUGGUUUCUCGCCAACCAAAGGUGGGGGAGGUGCCGACGGCUCUAUCGUAACUUUCGACGAAAUCGAAACUGCUUUCCACGCCAACGGUGGAAUCGACGACAUAGUCGAUGCGCAGAAGCCAUUUAUUGCUCGCCACAACAUCUCCGCCGGUGACUUCAUUCAAUUUGCUGGCGCUGUUGGUGUCAGUAACUGCCCAGGAGCUCCAAGACUCAACUUCUUGCUUGGUCGCCCGCCAGCUACAGCAGCUUCGCCCAAUGGUUUGAUCCCUGAACCAUUCGACACCGUCACCGAUAUCCUUGCCCGUAUGGGUGACGCUGGCUUCAGCCCGGAAGAGGUCGUUGCCCUUCUGGCCUCACACUCCGUUGCUGCCGCAGACCACGUCGAUGAGACCAUUCCAGGAACACCCUUCGACUCCACUCCAGGAGAAUUUGACUCUCAAUUCUUCAUCGAAACCCAACUCCGUGGCACUGCUUUCCCAGGUGUUGGCGGUAACCAAGGAGAGGUCGAAUCGCCUCUUGCUGGAGAAAUCCGUAUCCAAUCAGAUCACGAUCUUGCCCGUGAUUCUCGCACUGCUUGCGAGUGGCAAUCCUUCGUUAACAACCAGGCCAAGCUUCAAUCCGCUUUCAAGGCUGCUAUGGACAAGUUGGCUACACUCGGUCAAGAUCGCUCAAAGCUCAUUGACUGCUCUGAUGUUAUCCCUGUCCCCAAGCCAUUGCAGAGCAAGGCCCAUCUCCCUGCUGGCCUGACGAUGAACAACAUCGAGCAAGCGUGUGCUUCUACACCCUUCCCAGCUCUCACUGCCGACCCUGGCCCAGUCACUACUGUCCCCCCUGUGUAA